AUGUCAAACAGAGAUAUAGUUUACGUAUCUCCACAGGCUUAUCUAUCUUCCUCUCAGGACUGGUGUCUUAAUUCCCAACAAAAAGGUUAUAUUCCAAUACUACAAAAUGAUUUAUUAAACUUUAAAAAAAUACUAGAUUUAAAGAAACCUAAAACUACAUCGAUUAACCGUGAUCAUGAAAACGUUGCUUCCUCCAAUAGCAAAAAUAGUAAUACCAAUCAUCUUGGUGAGAACAAUGCUUCAACUAAUGGAAAUAAUUUAAAUUUACAAAAUUUGAAUGAUAAUAUUAAUAAUAAUGAUGUUGAAAAAUUAUCCUAUCAGAAUAUGAAAUUAUUCCAUCCUAUAUCAACUAUUGAUCAACUAUAUACAGUUUCUCUAGUGGGUGUACCUACCGCAUUGUCAGAUAUCACUCUAGAGACAAUUUUUAAAUCCAUCUCAAAUGAUAAUGUUCUUUCAUGGUCAGCUUUUGUUUCAGCGGUCUUGGAUUCAAAAAUUGUUUAUUUAAGAUUCAAAUCGACUUUAUCCAAAAUAGAAUUCAAAAAAACAUUGCUAUCGAUUCAAAGUAUACUAGAAAGCAAAGAUAUCAAUUUAGGCGAAUUGCAUUACGACUCAAAUGUCAAAGAUUUUUUAAACUCAAUAGAUUUGAAGAAUGAACCCAUUCCAAAUACAUCUCAAGAAAAGUUAAUUAAUACUUUGGUGAAGAUAAUAUCGGAGAAUGUACCUAAUUCAAAUGAUACCAAGAAUAAAAUAGAUUCAGAUCAUCCAGAGAGUUAUGAAAUUGAUUUGGGUACUUUAAGUGAUAUACCGUCUGACUCAAUCGAACAAUUAUGUAAAGACAUUAUUGAUUUUAGGACAAAAGUUAUUAAAAUCGAAAGAGAGAAGAAAAUUAAACAAUCUUUGGAGGAAAGCAGAUUGAGUAAACAAAAACUUGAUAAAAUAUUCAACCAAAUUAAAAAAACUAGAAAUUUAACACCAAUUGAUUCAACCAAAAGUAUGGAAGGAGGAGUAUUGGCGGCUACUGCCACUGAAGAAGAGGCGAGGGAUGAUUAUGAAGAAGAAGAGGAUGAAGAUGAAGAUGAAGAAGACGAUUUGAAAAUAUUGAAUAAAUCUAUAGCCCAAGAGAAGGAAGAAUCGAACCAGAGAUAUCUCAUGUUACUGAAUAAUUUGAAUAAAUCAAUUGAACCAAAUCUGAAAAAGUUAUCUCAUUCAGUACUCGAAAGUACCAAUUACCUGGACAUUAUUACAUCAAACAGAUCACUAUUUAACAAAGAAUUGCAAAUAUUGAGUACUGAUGUUUAUUAUGACCAUAAUACAUCUUUCAGACAAGAGGAAAUACGAAAGGAUGAUAUUGAUAGAGAACUAAACCCACAUGUCAAAUUAAUAACAACAGAGUCUAUUAUGUCCAAAUCAGUUGAAGAAUCAAAAGAAAGUCUUGACAAAAAUGAACAAGCUUCGAAAUCAAUUAUUACUCAAAAUGAAAAUAUAUCUGUUACAUCUGACAUCAAGAUCAAGUUAGCGUUUAAAACCAAGAUCGAUAAAUCUAGUGAGAUCUAUUCAUCAAGUGAGACAGAAUCAGAUGAGGAAAUUAAGCAUCUACAAACCUCAAUAAGGGAAUCCAAGAAUAAGACUACAGAUAUAGUUACUUCAUCUGGAAAGGAUAACUCAAUAUUAACAUUUACGGAUGAUGAAUUACAGAAGAGAUUGACUCAACUCAGAGAAUCUAAAAUUGUCGAUGAGCUAGUAAAUGAAUACUUGGGUGUUUAUGAAGAUGAAUUAGUGGACUACAUUUUUGAUAACAUUAAAGAAAAUAAAAACAAACAUUUACUUCUUGUAGACCUGAAAGAGACUUUCGAUGAUGAUGCAAUCAAAAUAGUUGAUACUAUAUGGAAACAUCAAGCUAUGCUACCAUAG